AUGCAUACAUUCCAUACGUCGCUACAAUCUCCUACCAGGAAAUUCUCACCUCAAGGGUUGAAAUUGCAGGCUAAUCAGGAAUUCAAUAGUGAUACUUUGCUCCGGCACUUAAAAGACCAUUCAGACGCCGCAUCUAACCACGACAAUCAAGAUAAACCACAUCAUCGAAGCAGCAUUUCAGUCGAACCCGAUUCCAUAAUAACAACAGCAUCGAUGCAACAACCUGUGUCGACCACCGAAAUGUCACUCUCUGCACCAUCAGUAUCAUCAGAGCCGCAGAGUCUGUCCAUCAACGGCAUGGGCGGCUCCCACAUGAACCUUCCUGUCUCGAAUUUUGGCAGCCACAGCAACUCCGACUAUCAAAAUACGACAGUACCACAACAGCAGCAGCAGCAGCAACAACAGGAUGGCUAUUCUGGACAUUUUAUUUCAGAGCCCCUACCUAAUAACUUUGAUCCUUCUUUGGACGCUCUCGAUUUCGAAGCUCAGUUUCCUUCUUGGAUCGUACCCACCGACCUCGAGUUCCACACCGGCAUUCUCGACACACCCCUUGCCACGAGCAUGGCGGAGCUCAGGCCCGGUUGGCCAGAUAGUCCGUUUACGACGUUCGGUUCAUCCACGUACAAACCCGUGGAUAACAUGCAACAUCUGUGGUUCACCCCCAACGACGAAGGGCAAGAGGAAGUUCUCCCUUCGGGACCCGCGACACCGCCCGCUUCGCACGUCGAAGUCGACGACUCGUACCGUCAGACUUUACAUCAGAGUCUGCUGAUCCGAUCGGUGGAGCAGAGUCUCCCGUCAUCCGACUUUCUAAAUCUCUGCGUGAGAUCCUAUUUCGCCAAGUUUCACCCCGUGUUCCCCGUGGUCCACGCGCCGACUUUCCGCCCUUCAAAGGCGAACUCGAUGGUUUUGUUGUCCAUCUGCUCCGUGGGCAGCCUCUUCACGGGCUCGGCACACGCCAUUCGACAAGGGGUCCAGAUCUUUGAACGCCUGCACAAAGCCGUCCUGGCCAACUGGGACCGCCUCAUAUCUCGAGGGACGGACGAAAAGAUUUCCCUUAUCCAGACCGCCAUCAUCGGACAGACUUUCGGACUGCUUUCUGGAGAGCCGAGGCACCUCUCGAUCGUGGACACGUUCAACGGCACACUGAUCUCGUGGGCGCGACGACUCUCGACCUUCAAGACCAAGAAGAUGAGGGGACUCGAGCUGCUCAGCCUCGGUCCCGCCGAACUGGAAAAGCAAUGGCGCGAGUGGGCCAAGAACGAAGAACUCAUCCGAAUCGCGCUGGCCGUGCACAUCCACGACGCCGAGCUGGCGAGCAUCUUCCACCACGAGCCCUUUCUGCGGCACAACUCGCGGCAACUGCCCGUGGCGGCGUCGAACCAGAUGUUCAUGGCGUCCAAGGCGGAGGAGUGGCGCCAGGCCUACCUCGACGACCCCAGCAAUUUUGAAAUGGACGACAGCACCCCGGCCUCCGUCGACGCCCACGUCGACUUCGACAUGCUCUCGACCCCUCAGGCCAGCUAUUUCACGGCCUACACGGUCCUCGAGGGCAUUUGCGUGAACAUCGUCGAGAACCGCAUCGACUCUCGCUCCUCCCCGGCCACCAUGAAAGACCUCUCUCACCUCCUCAACACCUUCUUCAACCGAUUCCUCCUCGGCACCGGCACCUCGUCGUGGAAGCCGGACCACAUGGACAUGAUCAUCCUCUGGCACCUCGCCUACAUGUCCAUCUGCGCCGACUUUGACCUGCUGGAAAGGGCCAUCGGCCGCGACGGCUCCCAGCUCUCCGCCGAAGACCGCGUCGCCAUCACCCACUGGGCAGACUCCAACGACGCGAAGCGAUGCGUCAUCCACGGCUCAAUCAUCGCCAAGAAACUCGAGGACCUCCCCUUGGGUUCGGAACCGGCCAUCCACGUGCCCCGCGCCAUGUUCAGGGCCGGCAUCGCCUGGUUCUGUUACACUCGUUUCGGCACGCGGGGCGGUGGCGCCGGUGACGGCACGGGCAACAAUGGUAACAAUAACAAGGCCGUCACGACCUCGGAAAGUCUGGACUUUCCCGAAUUCAGACUGUUGGGCGUUAACCCUGCCUUGUUGCUGUUUCAAGUGAACGGUUACAAACACGGCCUUCCCACGACGGCCGAGAUCAAUGCCGCCUUGUGUGGCCUGACCGACCUCCUCAGACGGAUCGGACAUUGGGAAAUCGCACGCAGGUUUGCCGCCAUCCUGGGUGCUCUUUUGCACAACGAUUCCGAUUGA